AUGAAAAAUAUCAAAAACCACUAUCCAAAAUUUAAUGGAGGGAAAUUCUGGAAAAAUAUUAGAAAAAAAGAAAAGCUAUUUGAAAAACUCCUAGAAAAUAAUGAAAGCGCAGUUAGGCCGUUCCUCGAAGAAUGUUUGAAUUUGUUUUGCGAGAAGUCGUCAGCCCCUACAAAAAAUCACACUCCUGAAACAGUCUUGUUGAUGUCUAAGUUCUACUUCAGACUUGGGGAUUAUCGACUUGCUUGCGAAAUGGUGUGGGACUGUGCGUCGCUCACAAUCCAAAAUGUCACGCAGCUUUCUAUACCAACCGUUAUAAUGCGUGUGAUGUAA